ACGAGCACAAUGCAUUCAGGCGAUGGCGCCAACUGCAUCGCCGUCGAGAUCUGCAGGGCGCGGCAAGAGAUUGUUUCUUUUAAAGCGCCAGCCAAGUGGGCAAUAUACUUUCUUUAACAGGUCGAUAGUUUAUCGAAAGUAAUCGAAUUGCUUCGAAAGAUAGCAUUCAGAGGCGGGUUUUAUUGUGAUUUAAUGCGCACCAUCUACGGAAAGUACAUGUGAAAAAACAAAACGGUUAUGAAUUUUCGAGCUCCUACCGUCGUUGCCAUUCUCACCGUGACCUUCACAAUAGCGGCUGCUCAGUGGCGUCCACGGUGCUACAGAAAACCGAGCGCCGGUUACUGCUACGGGAGGCUCUUAAGGUGGUUCUACGACCGCAAAACGAGACAAUGCAGGAUGUUCACGUACAGCGGAUGCUUUGGCAACUACAAUAGGUUCUCGUCCGAACAAGAAUGCCUACAAGUUUGCGCGUCGAGACGACGCUCGCCCCCAGUCUGCGGCAUGGGUCCGGAAAUGGGAAUGUGCAACUCCUCCGUUCCGAUGUGGUAUUUCGACGCCGGCAUGGGCCUCUGUCGCGGAUUCCUGUACAGCGGUUGCGGAGGGAACAGCAACCAGUUCUCUACGUGCGAGGAAUGCAUGAGCAGGUGCAGUGGUGAUUACCACGCCAGAGGGAUAUGCAAGUUCCUCGAACGAAGAUUCGCCAAGCAGCUCUACAAAAGGGAGGCCACCAAAUCACACGAGAGUCCACGGCCGUCUGAAAGCGAGAGAAGCCUUACUUAUCCCAUCCUGAAUGGACAGGAACUUCCAGAUGACAGCAGUGGAGGUUUUCCUACUACCAGUAUCAGUAGGCCUCCUCUACCACCUCGGGUUGAACAUUCGGCGAAACCUUCAACGCAUCUACGUGAAUGGACGCAAGGCGGCAGUUAGAGAAUAUGGUAUUUCUUAUCGAAAUAAUAUUGCGGCGCAAAAAGAAUAAUGUUCAUCAGUCCUCACUUUACGCGUCGACGAGAAGCUUCAGUUUUUUUUGUUGUAGUUGUAGUAUUAUUAGAAGACCAACAGAACAAAGAUGAUAUUCCAAUGGAGUGCUUAAUCGACAACACAAGUCGUAGUUUUGUAAAUUAGCGCCUUUUAAUUCUUCUCGGCGUUGAAAUGGCAGGCUUUCUUGAGGCUCUAUUUGACACGGCUGAAAAGGGCGGUGACGGACUGCUGCUGAAUGUCUGGACUGGCGAAUAAAAGUAAUAAAAUUUACUGCAAUAACUGGA